AUGCAAAGCUACAGAAUGUUUGCAGUUUAUUUUGUAUUCUACAUUGUGGCAUGGAUAGAGUUCUGUUCAGCAGCUCUCGUGAUCCGAGUUUCCAAAAUAUCAGGAGGGGAUAGGACUUCAUGCCGUGUUUCGGAUGCAACAAGUCCGUGCAAAACCAUCAAGUUCGCUCUGGGUGCUCUUGAAGAAACCAAAAACCACAAUGAAACAAUCUUCACUUUUUCCAUCGAAGAUAAAGUAUAUACGCUCAAGGAACGAGUCAGUAUUACUCAGACAAGCGCCUUGAGAAACAUCUAUCUGAAAUCGAAUGACUCGAGAAGUAGGUCGGUUGUUCAUUGCGGUUCACGAUUUGCUGGAAUUGAAGUAGGAGCAUCGGAUAUUUACGCAAGGAAUACAAGAAAUGUUCAUUUUGUCAACCUUGAAUUUCAGAACUGUGGUAGCCCUCGCUUUGCCGCUGUUGUGUUAAUCUGGAAUUCAAUAAAUGUCGACUUUACGAACUGCGUUUUCAGACAUAACACGCAAGCGGCAAUAAACUCCUUUGACAGUGCGGUGGCAAUUGAUACUUGUCUUUUCUCGAAUAACACUUCCAACCUACAGAAUCCAAGCGAACAGUACAGGAGAGGAGUUAAUUCAGCGGGCGGAGGUGCCGGCUUUUUGUUUCGUGACUCUGCAAAUCUUACGGUGGUCGUUAAAAAUUCUGUCUUCGAAUCUAAUGCUGCCGUGACGAAUAAAUCAAACGAUUUCAUCGCUCCGUCUUCGAACGUGACGCACUUCUCUUCGUGUGGCGGCGGACUUCUCGUAGUGUUCAGCAACAAGGCAGAAAACUGCCAAGCUUUGAUUGAUAAUACCGUCUUUAAAAAAAAUACAGCAACAUACGGAGGGGGACUUUACCUUGCUAACACCAACUUGGCCGUAAGAAACAGUUUUAUGGUAACAAACUCAAACUUCACAGGCAAUCAGGCGGGGCAAACCGGAGGAGGUGCGCUUUUCUCCCAAUGGGACAAAGCUUCUAAGAUUACUACCAUCUAUAGAAAAUGUAUCUUCAGCGAAAACGAGUCACAGCGAGGAGCAGGAAUGAAUGUAUUUCUAAUGAACUACGACGUAACGCCGAAUGACUCCAUUCUAAGGUUAGUUCUUGUUGUGUUGAGGCUGAGCCUGUGUGUUUGAGCCACUUAGCUCUUCUCUCUUGUUAUAAGCCACUGAUCGAUGAAUUCUGAAGGUGUAAAAGGGAACUAGAAAUUGCGGAUUUUUGGACUGGGGAUUUUGGGAUUUGAUUGACUGAGACUGGAACUUUUUUGGCUCUGAAAACAUGUUUGUGUGUACUUGAAUAGGACACUGGGAUCUGAAGAAAAUAACUCCUCCCUCCCUUGGGACGCUUUAGUUUGUGGGAGGGGACGCACGCAAAGAUAGCGCAGGGCACCCAGUUUUUCCUCCCGUGCAACUUGCGCCAAGCAAGUUCUAGUUCACGACAUGACGGUGUUUGAAGACCAAGCAUCUUUCUUUUUUUUAAGAUUCGACACUGUGACAUUUAGUAAUAAUAUUGGGAAUGCAAGCACCGCCAUACGGUUUACCACAGCGCUGCCUUUCGCUAGAGGAGUGGACAUGACACCAGAAUUUACAAAUUGUACCUUCAAUAAUAACAACAUGUCGAAUUACGCACGCACAAGUCCCUUCACCAGCCAACGUGUUGAUGUGAAUUUCACUGGGAGGAAUAUUUUCCAGCAGAAUUACGGAGGUAAUGUCUAUGGUACCACCCCUCUUGCAUUAAAAAUACUUGUAUAUGUACGUAUGUAUAACGUAUGAUCCACAAAUGUCCAAAGGAUCGGAUGACACUAUUAAUUUUCCAGAAUAAUCUACUUUCCAGUGGGUUCGGUGAAGGGUAUCCGAAACUUGAUUUGCUGUUUCAGCGUAGAGAGUUGUCUUUUGGUUAGCGCUUUUUUACAUUUCUUCAAACCACGGAGGCAGACCGCUGAGGGGAUUUUAUACAGUCCGUGUUAAAUGUAUUAGCCUGCGUAGCAGGCGCCUCAGUUAUUCUUUUUUUUCUUUAACAGGCCGCGCGAGGGGAACACGCGAAGGGGAGAGGGGCCCCCCUGAUUUUGUUUAAGGGGAGGGGGUGGCUACACACAGGCCUUAUUUUGGAGAUUUCGCACCCUUUUUGUUUUUCCCCCUCCCCCUCCCCCUCCCUUUUGCAGUACAAGUGUUGUUGUGGCCACCUAACGUUGCAAUCAGAUCUCAACAUUGCUGAGGGAAAGCAAAGUGCAUGGGUGCCUCAAAAAGUUUUGGCGAGGACUGUGGUCUAUCUAGCGCCCUUGUCCGCAAGAAUUUAUGCAAUUCAAAUAGAGGCUGUAUAGUGUCUAGGCCACUCGCAAUUAUGAUGCUCUGUUAUUCACUCUGAUUGAUCGAAGUGUAUCCUUUUUUGGUCUGCUUUUUGCCAUUGUUCUGUAUUGAAAACUGCUAUUGAAUUAAAAAGGGUACAGCUUUCAAAAUACCAUGCCUGUGUUGAGCCUGCAGCCUUCUGAAUGGUAGAAGGAAAGGGCCAAAUUGGCCAUUUUCUCGUUUUUCUGGAGACCAUCACUGAUUGCAACACGGGAUUCCGGCGAUGGCGUAGACUGCAAAACAGUCGUUUUUUUCCCAUCAAAAUCGGUUUAGCUCAGGCUAAAAAAGAGUCUCACACGCGUGAAGCGCGCGAUCCUCACACGCCCGCACGCCCGGUCUCCCAGUCUCGCUCUCCGUUUUCAGCCUCGCUCCAGAACUUUUGUUUGACUGCUCGCGCGUACUUGAAUACGCAAAAUACGGACUCUUUUCCAGUGUAGCGAUGGCGCGGUCUAGCGGAAACACUGCAGAGAUUUUUACUACUUGACAGAACGUGUUUGUUUUUCUCUAGGUGGGGCAGCUGCCUUUCAAGAUUGCGUCCUUAAUGUUCACGGCCAUUUGACAUUUGCCAAUAACACAGGCUCUAAUGGAGGCGCCUUGUUUAUGCGUUCGAGUCAGAUCAUACUGCAUCCAGGCAGUACAGUGGUGUUUCUAGGCAACAGAGCUCGUGGUGUGGGGGGUGCUAUCUUCGUGUGGGAGCACCUGAUGGCCGAGUUUAUACACGUGAACAAUCCCGACUGUUUUAUUGCUUACAGUGAUCCAAAAUUGCCGCCAUCAAAAUGGAAGGUUAGCAGUAUUUCGUAGGGUUGUUUUGUAGUUCAUGUAAGGAUCGAGAAAGCGUACGUAGCAGGCGCUUAGAAGUAACAGGAAACUUAAGCAACGACGACGGCGACGGCGACGGCAACGAGAACGGUAAAAAAGCAAUCGGUUUAUCUUUGCAAAACAACAACUUUGCACGUGCAUCACGCUUUUUUGUACAUUUCUUUGCCUGUACCUUGCAUUUCCGUCUCUUGUCCCCCUUUUUUUUUACUUCCUCCCUUGAGGGUCUGAAUGGGGGUACCUCGAUAACACUAAACACUUCAUUUUUUGGCUUUGUAACAUGAAACAGUUAAAUUUUAGGCAUUUUAACACUAACAGUAAAACAUUCUUUGAAGCAGUAAAUUGUUUUCCGCAAAGAAAAUAGCUUGCGUAGCAGGCGCUUGGAAGUAGUGGGCGAAUGUGAGGACGGGCGCGCGCGAGGGAGACACGCGAUGGGUGUCUCCUUCUCGAAAGGCCCGUUUUUUCUUGACUUCCAAGCGCCUGCUGCGCAGGCUAGAAAGAAACAGAAACGGCUCCAAAAAGGCCAAUACUAUUUUGUUUAGUAUAUCAAGGCGUUUUUGGCCAUUUUACGACAAUGCCGGAUUAUUUCAUAAGAUUUCCGAAGGCAACUGACGAUUCCCGAAGGCUAACGAAGAGGUCCGACCAUUGCCGAAGAUGACCGAAGAACCCUUCAAACACUUAACAGUAUUUUCUUCGGAAACAGUAAACAUUAAAAAAUUGGCCAAUUUAACAGCAAACAUGAAAAUUAUGGGCAAAUAUCACUAAACACUAAACUCCAUUCAGACCCUCUCCCUUUAGACCUUUUUCGAUUGCAAAAUAUUAAGCGUUGUUAAAAUGUCCCCCAAUUUCUCCCGCUUCUUACCCUAUUGGAGUCCCACCUCCUGCCAUAUCAUCUCCCGUCUCCCGCUCUCUUCUCGGCCCUUAUCUCUUGGACUCCCGGCACCUCUAAGUCCUUCCCCACUAAACUACAUGAAAUGAUUUAGCAAAUAUUUCUUUAUUUAUUUAUCUAUUUUCAUAGACGAAUGUGUCCUUCAUUGAGAACAGCAGUGCAUAUAAAGGGGCCGCUAUUUACAUCUCUUCGCUUCAACGUUGUUUGUGGACGGAAUAUUAUCCAUUCUAUGACCCAAGAAAAGCUCUUCGCUGGUACGAUAAUUUCGUUUACAGGAACAACUCUCUUACCUGGAACGGCGGAGUGAAUGCCUUGACUGGAACUGAGUUUGAUAUCGCCACCGACACGAAACGUUUCCAGGCAACUGAGAUAAAAAAUUCUACAUUAAAGGUGAAUUUAAGUGUUUCAAUCGUGCUAGUAUAAUAAACUUGUUAAUUGUUUAUUUUUUUUUAUGAGAAAUUUUUCGUUGACAGUGUACUUUGUAACCAAACCAAGAGUUUUGAAAAUGGUUAGAAAUUCGCACACAAAAAAUCACAAAUUUUCCACGCAAAGCGAAGUCCAAAGGCCCUCGCGUAGUGGAUCACGAGGCAAAGCCAAAACCUAAGUUGGCCAUAUAUAUUAAAUAUCUUGGUUGGAAUCCGCAAUGACGUCAUCAAGCGACAAACUGAUCCGUUGUAUUUGGGGCUGUUUUGAGGAUCAAGAAUUGCUUAUGGCAAUGAAUUUAUAAGACGGCAGAAGUAUUUUACACUAAGUUCUGCUUUUUUAACGCCCUUGUUUUAGCUCACGCCCGGCGAACAGUUCUCUUUGAAUCUGCAAGCUCUCGAUGAACUCGGCCACGAGGUCUUUACUAUGGUUUACGUGUCAGAGGUUGGCCAGGUCAGCAAUUACACAUCAGAGGUGUUGCUUGGCUACACCAUGUAUGCCAUUACCCCAGAAAAGAGAGUGCCUUUUUCGUUUACUGUACCUAAAACCUUGUAUGAUGAGACGAGGAACAAAAUGCAGACGCGAAUUAUUCAGUUUGUGGACCCCUUUUCUACGCUGGGGAAUGGAUAUUCGUUUGAAAUGGAACUACAACCUUGUCUUCCUGGUUUUAAAUACGAAGACCACACUCAAGGAUGCGUUUGUGAUACAGACCACUUUGGAGUGCAAAGGUAUUAAAAAAACAAAAUAGGACCCUCAGAGUCUAAGACACAGAUGACUACGAGAACAGGAUUUUCUCAAUGCUAGUAGUGAACGCGCGUAGAGCAGCGUCAUUAGGGACUUAACAGGAAGCUUAAUCAUCGACGACGGCGACCGCAGCGAAGACGUCACUUUUAAAAUGAAUUCGCGUUUUUUCAAACUUUGUCGCGUUUAUUGGAAUCCGCAGAAAAUGUCAAAUAAAGUCGAAUUUUCCCAGUGUUGAUUUCUUGGGGACCGCAGAGAAAAGCGUGAAAUUAGGCAUUUUCACGUCGUAGUCGGGCAGUGACGGCAAAGAAAAUGUACAAAAAAGGGGGAUGCAAGUGCAAAGUUGUUGUUUUGCUAAUCAAACCAUCGUUGCUAUGGCUCCCUAACGAUCCGACGACGCAACGGCAACGAGAACGUCAAAAAAACGAUGGGCCAGUUAUUUAAACGCAGUUUAGCCCGUGUUUAACAAAACCGUGUUCUAAGCCAUUUUCAUAGCCCAACGCUUAUAUCUAAACACUAUCAGUAUCGUGAACAAUUUCAAUAAAGCAUAUAGUAUGUACUAAAAAGAAUUAUGUAGACUCAGAGAGUGCUAUCCUUUCGGAUCGUUUUGACGUUAUUCUGCUCUUUUGACAGAUGUGAGGAUGGCCGCACAGUGUACCUCAAGGAGGGCUUUUGGGGUGGUUUGAACAAGAGAGGUGACUUGGUGACGUACUUUUGUCCAUUCCAGUACUGCAAUUGUACAAGCACGCCUGGAUUGCCCGGAUGUUUAUUUGAUCCAGAUAACAUUGACCGCCAGUGCGCCGAUAACCGUGAAGGAUGGCUGUGUGGAAAGUGCAAGGUCGAUACUAGCGUGGGAUUGAGGUAAUUGCUUCUACGGAUCCGGGGGAAGCAGGGGUCCGGAACCCUCUUAAUGGAUCCAUUAGAUCAUAGAUUGUUUCGAUUUACUAACAGAUUAAUUGCUUUGAGUCCGAAAUUGCUACCACAAUGUAUGUUACUCAAUCACAUGCAUGCGUAUUCAAAUUGGCCUGUAAUGAACUCACAGUCCUUGUCACGUGCGCGCUAGCCGUGACGAAGAAUGAAGUUGCACUCCUUCCCCCGCCCCACUCCGUUUAUCAUAAAUUCUCUGCCUUGGCGAACUGACAUAAAGCUGCAACUUCUGGUGACAAAAUCAUUGGCCUUUAUGUCAAAAAUACGUUGUGGAACUGCUUAAAUUUAAUUUUGCUGAUAGGCCAGCUUUUCGUGGUUUUCUGGAACAGAUUUUAAAUUUUUCAACCGUGAAUUGUUUUUUUUUUUAAAUUCCUAGUAACGCUGUGUUGUUUUAAGCAGAUAGCGGAGCUUGAUAGGAAUGAGAUAGAAUUGGAUUUGUCCUUUGUAGUCCCGCGUUCAGCUCCUCGGUUCGCCUCCUGCCAGUUGGGAUUGUUAUCCGUGUUAUGCAGAUUUGCAUUAUUUGUUUUAUCAUCCCUGAGAUAGACUACGAGUAGUCUCUCUUUUUUUCUGCAGGACGUCCGUCGAGCAAAACGCGAGACACGCAAAUGGCCACGCGCGUGACUGAUGGCGCGAGACGGGAGAGGCAUAAAAAGGGAGAUCUCUUUUCUUCUCGGGCUGCCGCCCUCGUUUCACGCGUUUCGCGUCUCGCGUCUCGCACUCCCCUUACUAAAUCUGAAGAAAAAUAGAGACUGCUGGCAGUCUACCCUGGGAAGCCCCCCAAGGGGAUAAGAUAAUAAGGGUGAAUGUAUAUAUUCGAACUUAAGUAUAGCUUAAGUAGCACAGUCAGUAGAUGCAUAUGCAAGUUAAAAUGACAUUUCCCUUUAUUCAUAUUCACUUCAGAAACUCUUUAACCCUUUAACCCCGAGAUUGAAUGAUGGAAUCUUAUGAGGUGCUUCUAACUUUUGAGUCUGUGGACAAAAUCCUAUGGUGUUACCUCUCAAGUGAAGCAUCUUUAGCAGUACUUUCACGUUGUUUUAAUUUUUUAAGCAUUUUGUAAACAAAACUUGUUUUUUUUUGUGCAAUUUUUAUAUUGGCCCCUUCUGAGAGUACAAGGGUUAAUUCCCUUUUUCUGCCAGGUCAAGCGAGUGCAUCAGCUGUGAAAAAUCCGGUUGGGUGCUGAUUGUGGUCAUCCCAGUUGUAAUCGGUCUGUGUGUACUGAUCAUCUGGCUCAAUCCCGGCAUCUCUAGCGAGCUAAGAGGACCCCUGUUUUUCUUCCAAGUGCUCCCCUACAUUUUCGAUCCCACCAGCUACAUGGAGGGCGUGGCAUUACUAUCAGCGGAUAUGUUCAACUUUGGAGGCCCCCUCAUCUAUCUUUUCAGGACCUGCAUAGUUGAGGGAUUAGACAACUUAUACGCCAUUGCCUUUGGCUACAUGAUUCCAUUUUUGGCUCUGUUUGUCUUUGUAGUAGCGUACUUGCUUAGCGUCAACUACCGCCUGAAGUUUAAUCUGCGCAAGCGUUCCAUGUUGCAGUCAUUUUGGCUCAUCCUCCUUUUCGUCUACAACUAUCUCGUGAAGACAUCAUUCCUGAUCCUAUUUUGCCCAUCAGUUGGUGAUAAACACGUUUUCUAUUACGACGGCUCAGUUGAAUGCUUCCAUGGCAUCCAUCUACCAAUGGGAAUCAUGGCCGUUUUUGUACUGGCUGUGCUUGUUGUGCCUCCACCGAUAGGUGUUAUUCUGUUAACAAAUGGCUACUGGCGAGUUGGUCCUCAGUACCUGAAUGUAUUGACUAGUGGCCUGCGUACCGAGCGCCGCUGGUGGUGGUCUGUUGAUUUAUGUCGGAGAGUGCUUCUUCUCGCCACGUUUGCCUUUAUUCCUAACUGGUACACAAAGCAGGUAAGAAGAGCAACUUCUUGAGCAAAAACAAAACAAAAAACGUUGUUGCAUAGAAUAGAGUAACCUGUAGCCUGCGUAGCAGGCGCUUGGAAGUAGUGGGCGAAAGAGAGAACGCGCGCGCGCGAGGGAGACACGCAAGGGGUGACCUCUCCCCUCGCGUGUCUCCUUCUCGCGCGCCCGUUUUUUCUUGUGCCCACUACUUCCAAGCGCCUGCUACGCAGGCUAAGUAGCCUGUGAAACUAGCCAACAUUUCGCGACACCACCACUGGUUUGCCCGCGAAAUGACGUCUGAGGAUCGUGCGCAAAAGUUUCAUAUUGGUAACGUAUCACUACCCAGAUUUGGGUAGAGUUUCUGAUUGGUCGUGCCUCGAAGGAAAUUUGCAUUGCUUUAACAAAUCAGAAGCACUACGUGAAGUGGCACGUUAUCAGUUUGGAAUUUUUGCGUUCGUUCCGCGGGGAAAUGUCGGCUGUCGGCUGUUCUCGGGUUAAGAACAAAGCACCUCUCAGCCUUUGAGUCCAACUAGGAUGUAAAUUAUUAGAACUGUCCUAAAACUAGUAAACUAGAAAAGAAAAACGUCGUUUAACGGUCUUUUAACUAGUUGACUUGUAACUAUCCAGCGGAUAAAAGAUCAACCUCGUUGAAAUUGCUUUUGAAAUUUUGGUCCGUUUCGGAGUUAGUAAGUUAUGGAUCGACCGCAAAUUGAGCAAUCGCAGGGCGAAAACAGAUCUAGCCAUAUAAUAAGUUAUUAUUAUCUAUGUGUGUGUGAGGGCCCCCUGAAUGUCUGUAACUGGUUUUUCGCGCGACAAGGCCAACCUCCCUUCUAGCCUACUGGAGCUUAACCGUCGUUUGUUUACGUUAAAAAAAAAACAACUGGUGUUGUUUUUCCUGUCCUAGAUUGUUAUCAUCGCUGUGUGCGUUCUAAUCCUCGCAGUCCACAGUAAUUGUCAUCCUUACGAGCGGCCGCGCGCGAACUACGCCGAGUCUAUGUAUUUGGUUGUGCUUUGCACUCUAGCAUUGAUGCAACUCGUGAAAGAUGACUAUGCAAGACUAUGUGUCUGUCUGGUUCUCUUGAUCGUUUUGGGUCUUCACACACUUGUGGUGUUUUGGUGUAAAGCUGUACUCUUCUUCCGGAAGCGAUUUGACUGCUGUGCAUGCGUUGAUCCUACAUUAUUAAGAAGGUACGGCUAUGAGGUCCUGCAAGAAACAAGAAGCGAGGAGAGCAAGGACACGGAGGCCGAAAGACGGAGGAGCAUGUUAAAUGCAGUCUUCAGCGCAGUCGAUGGAGAAAAUAACUUGCUUACCGACACGUAAUCAGUUAUACCAGGAGCCCAACGGCGAUAGCCUGCGUGGAGAGGCAGGGGAGGUGAGGAGAGGGGGAGAAAAGCGUGAAAGGGACAAGGGAAAGGCAACACUUCCUUUCCUUCUCUCCCAGUCCCCUGUCCCUUUUCUCUCCUUUCCCCUCCCCUCUACGUCCUCUACGUCUUCCACGCAGGCUAAAUGGCGGAUAAGAGCAGUCUGGUUUCAUUCAGAAACCGACAUCCCCUAAGUUUGCGAUGUAAUAGAUUUAACAAUUACUAGCCGGAGGCGAAGUAAAAAAGGCGCUAAUAUUUACCAAGCCUGGGGAAAGUAAUUGUCUUGCUUUUUUAAGAAUUAAGCAUCAGAGAAAUCGAAAGUUCAAUACUUUAAUUUAGGAAAAGCUGAUUAAAACUAGAGCUCUGUUCAAACAGUUAACUAUGAUUACAGGAAGCUGGGCGUAAAAAAUGGGAUUAUCGCCGUGUGAUCUGUCCUUGAAAACCAUAAUAAUAAUAAUAAUAAUGAUAAUGGUUUAUUAACAGUGUAUCCACCUGGUGGCUCUUCACCUGUUAAAAACUACAAUAUAAAAAAAUGAAGAACUACAAUAUACUAC